GAAAAAGAAGAGUUGAUUGAAGAAUGGCAGCCAGAGCCUCUUGUACCUCCUGUACCAAAAGAUCACCCAGCUCUCAACUACAACAUUGUUUCCGGUCCUCCCACCCAUAUAAUCACUGUUAAUGGAAAGGAAUGUAUAAACUUUGCAUCAUUUAACUUUCUUGGACUUUUGGAUAAUGAAAAGGUUAAGAGUGCGGCCCAGGCAUCUCUGAAGAAAUACGGUGUUGGCACUUGUGGACCUAGAGGAUUCUAUGGUACUUUUG